UCAUCGUCUGACAGCGAGAAGCGCUUCCUGGUUUCUUUUACAAGAGAGGAACAUGAACAUCAACAUGAGUGGGUAUAGUUACCAGUGGGCUGAAGAUGACUUCCUUCCACCAGGAGUAAUUCGACUCACUGCCACACAACCAGAUGAUGGUAAAACCUACGUCAUGUAUCAUGGCACCACGUGGGCAAAUGCUACAAGCAUCAUGGCUUCAGGUUUUUGUCAAUCUGCUGAUGGGAUGCUUGGCCCCGGCGUCUACCUCAGUAGAGACCUGCAGAAAGCAAGCCGCUAUCCGAUUGAUCACCCGGAGUAUGACAAGGUUGUUUUAAAAGUUAAAGUCAACGUGGGAAAAGUGGCUGUCAUCAACCAUCAGCACCAUCCAUUCCAGAAGACCUGGAGUCAGUACGGGUACGACACCGCCUGGGUGCCACCCAACUGUGGGAUGGUGAAGAGCGGUCUGGAAGAGAACUGCAUCUACGACCCGCGUAGAAUCCAGAUCCUUCAGCUCAUCAAACCAGUCCAAGUCUCGGGCCAGCCUUUCUCUUAUCCAUAUGGUGCAUACGGUUACAUGUACACAAACGACAGUCAGGACCUGUCCCCCAACCUGAAGGCGGAGGAAGGCUCCCUCUCAUCCACCGGGGUAAACCCCAACGUACAGGCACCAAGUUGUGGGGGGUUUUUAAGGCAAGCAGAGCGGGAAGCUGACACACUCCGAGGCGGACACGAACACAGGAACAUCAACAUGAGUGGGUCUAGUUACCAGUGGGCUGAAGAUGACUUCCUUCCACCAGGGGUAAUUCGACUGAGUGCCCAACAACCAGAUGAUGGUAAAACCUACGUCAUGUAUCAUGGCACCACCCGGGCAAAUGCUCAAAGCAUUAGGGCUUCGGGUUUUCGCCGAUCCGCCGAUGGGAUGCUUGGCCCCGGUGUCUACCUCAGCAGAGACCUGGAAAAAGCAAGCCGCUAUCCGAUUGGUCUCAGUGACGAUAACAAGACUGUAAUCAAAGUUAAAGUGAAUGUGGGAAAAGUGGUUGUUAUUAAUCGACAGAACCACCCGCGCCAGAAGACCUGGAGUCAACACGGCUACGACACCGCCUGGGUGCCGCCCAACUGUGGGAUGGUGAAGAGCGGCCUGGAGGAGAACUGCGUCUACGAUCCCAGUCGAAUCCAGAUCCUUCAGCUCAUUGGUCCAAAGAAAGUCCAAACCCAGCCUUGCCAUUGUGGAUGUGGUUCACGCGGUUACAUGUAGAGGUGUAACCUGCAGUUACUGGCUUCUUUUGUAUGUUCAAGUCUAUUUUAUACAUUUGUAUACAAAAGUAUUUUGUAGCCUACCUGUGUCAUUGUGAGCUGGAAAAUAAAAAUGAUAAGUGAUGAA